ACACACAGACGCAGGGGGGGGGAAGCAGUCAUCACACUGACUAUUAUCUCUGAACUUUGGCAUGCAGUUGUAGAACAGACUGUUAACAGAAGAGACGCAGAGCAAAGAACAGAGAGCAGGAGAGCAGACAAGUCGAGUGUUGGCUGCAAUAUUUACACUGCCGUUAAGAAGAAACUUCUCUCUGGUAAAAAUUUCUCCUGCCUGAAGCACUGAUGGCUGCAGCGGUCGGCGGUGUGCGUGUUGCUGUUGCUCUCCUCAUGUGUGUUCUUGGAGGACAAGCGCUGGACCUGCUGAGGGCAACUGCAACAUCUGGGAGUCCUCCUUCUCCUCCCAGGGUGCACUGCUGGUGUUCCAGCUAUCCAAACACGACCGUCUGCUCCUGGCCUGAACCCUCUCACUCCCCUCCAGCACUCUACCUCACCACCUACAGCGAGAGACACCAACAGUCGGUCAUCAAGCAGUGCCAGCUCAUCCAACCCGGCUCUUCGUCCUCGUUCAUGAUCCCAGCAUCGUCGUCCUCGUCCGAACAGAUGUGGUUCUGCCUCCUGCCCAACCUGAAACUUCUCACCGACUACAUCAUCAACAUCACGGCCGUUUCUCCUGGAGGCAGCAGCUCCUAUCUGGCAAGUUUCAUGUUGGAGGAAAUAGUGAAACCAGAUCCUCCCGUAGACGUCCGGGUUUCCCCUCGCGGCCCUAGAAACCUGCUGGUGGAAUGGUCUCCUCCCCCUUCCUGGGCUAACCUGGACAUCCUCCCCCUAAAAUACCAGAUACUGUACCAGUGGGAAAACAGGGGCACCCCAAAGUCUGUCAAUCUGGGUCCGUUCGAGAGCACCAAGGUGGAGCUGAAGGGUCUGAUCCCAGGAAGGCCCUACAUGUUCCAGGUGUGCGCCAAGGAGCUGCUGGGUCUGGGCCGCUGCAGCGACUGGAGCUCACCUGUGAAUAUCACCAUACCGAGGGCCAAAGUGUAGACGCUCCCUCUCACUUCCUCUUUUCUU